AGCCCCAACGACCACGACCGUCACCAAAAAGGGAUUGUUUUCACGGAGCAGCUAUACAAUCUCAACAACAACCACGACGAUAACCAUUAUCGAGAGAGAACUCUAGUACCGAUCAGCUAUCCAUUACCAUCAUGAUCGAGGUUCUCUACAGCACCCCACCCCUCUUGCCGGGUUCUGCGUUGCCGUUCACCAGAGAGGAUCACAUGAGGAAGGAAAUGAGCCUUAUGCGGUCAGGAAAGCGAGUACCACGCCGGUCUCAAACUUUCCAGGAAUAUCACAUCCCGCAGCCCCCUCUCUUUACCCUCCACACUAUUCAACAGCUUCCCGAAGAAGAUGUUGUCAAGCAGCCGGUCGUACCUGUGAAGGAGAGGAGCCAGCCCAAGCCGACAGAAGAAAAGGUGACGGUACGACGCAGGCCUGCGCUGGGCCCUCCUCGCCGGUCUUACUCUGUCACGGAUCGUUUGCCGUUGCCCGUGCCAUCGGCAGGCAAGCUGUUGCUCGAUCUGCCACCAGAGCUACACAUGGCCAUCUUCGACUUUCUUGACCCCAUCGAUAGCACUUGUCUCGGGCUGACCAACAAGCACUUCUACGCCAUUCACCACCGAAUGCAUGGGACCGUUCCGCUCAGGACGCGGCGCGAGGGUCCAAACGAGCUGGAGUGGGCGUGGCAUCUUGCAGGCACUGUCAGGAGAUCGACCCCAUCCUCUCCAGUGGAAGAGAAGAGCGAGGAAGAGAGCAAGAAGUCUCUGUCACUGUCGCAGCUCCGGAUCCGUGGCCAAGCAUACUGCAGAAAAUGCGGCGUCACGCGAUGCCAGCUGCAUAAGCACAUCCAGGAAUGGAUGGGCGACAAUAUGGAGUACUGCUCCAUUACGGAGAAGUUUGGGCCGAUUGCGCCCGAGGGUGCCAAGUCAUAUUGCUAUAUGAGCAAGCCUGGCGACAAGACACGGUGUGGGCGACAUUUUGUGCGGAGGUCGAAGGUGGUAUUGCAGUAAACAUUGGUCUGGAUUUUUCGGCAUGGUGCGGUUUUCUCUUUUGGAUACACACAUCAAGAGGCGAUGAUCACCUGUCGAGUUUGGGAUCUUUGAAGCGGCAUCAAUCUCGACUGGCUACGAAAGGAUUCUCGUCGCGAAGGAAUGGGAUUAUUACAGGUACAUAACUAGAGAGAGCGGCAUUGGGGGAC